GGGGCCACGUGGGGCGCUCUCUACGGUGGCCGAGAGGACGCCGCUGAUGUGUUAGCAACGAGUCAAGAAGCAACCCCGAGAGGUGCAAAGAGCGUCGUCUCUCUAAUCCAGCUCCCCAAAUCUCGAGGCGGGGGAGCUCCCCGGCAGCUAUCACCAUGGUGAAGGAGCAGUUCCGGGAGACGGAUGUUGCCAAGAAAAUAAGCCACAUCUGUUUUGGAAUGAAGUCCCCCGAGGAGAUGCGCCAGCAGGCGCACAUCCAGGUUGUGAGUAAGAACCUGUACAGCCAGGACAACAACCAUGCUCCCUUGCUGUAUGGGGUGCUUGACCAUAGGAUGGGUACGAGUGAGAAGGACCGUCCUUGUGAAACCUGUGGGAAAAACUUGGCUGACUGUCUGGGCCACUAUGGAUACAUUGACUUGGAAUUGCCUUGUUUUCAUGUUGGGUACUUCAGAGCAGUUAUAGGCAUCUUACAGAUGAUCUGUAAAACCUGCUGCCACAUCAUGCUGUCCCAGGAGGAGAAGAAGCAGUUUCUGGAUUAUCUAAAGAGGCCCGGCCUAACCUACCUUCAGAAGCGAGGACUGAAAAAGAAAAUCUCUGAUAAGUGCCGAAAGAAAAACAUCUGCCAACACUGUGGUGCUUUUAAUGGUACUGUAAAGAAAUGUGGAUUGCUGAAGAUAAUUCAUGAGAAAUACAAGACCAACAAAAAAGUGGUGGAUCCUAUUGUAUCAAAUUUCCUUCAGUCUUUUGAAACUGCCAUUGAGCAUAACAAAGAAGUGGAGCCCCUGCUGGGAAGGGCACAGGAAAACUUGAAUCCCUUAGUAGUUCUUAAUUUGUUUAAACGAAUCCCAGCUGAAGAUGUACCUCUCCUUCUGAUGAACCCAGAAGCUGGAAAGCCCUCUGAUUUGAUUCUCACACGACUUUUAGUGCCUCCUUUGUGUAUCAGACCCUCUGUUGUGAGCGAUUUGAAGUCUGGCACCAAUGAAGAUGAUUUGACGAUGAAAUUAACAGAAAUAAUUUUCCUAAAUGAUGUCAUUAAAAAGCAUCGGAUAUCAGGAGCUAAGACCCAGAUGAUCAUGGAGGACUGGGAUUUUCUGCAGCUGCAGUGUGCCCUCUAUAUUAACAGUGAGCUCUCAGGCAUUCCCCUCAACAUGGCACCCAAGAAAUGGACCAGAGGUUUCGUCCAGCGCCUGAAGGGAAAACAGGGUCGAUUUAGAGGCAAUCUCUCAGGAAAGAGAGUGGAUUUUUCUGGCAGAACUGUCAUCUCACCCGACCCCAACCUCCGGAUUGAUGAGGUAGCUGUGCCAGUUCAUGUGGCCAAAAUUCUAACUUUUCCUGAGAAAGUGAACAAAGCAAACAUCAAUUUUUUGAGGAAACUGGUUCAAAAUGGCCCUGAAGUUCACCCUGGAGCCAAUUUCAUUCAGCAGAGACAUACACAGAUGAAAAGGUUUUUGAAAUACGGAAAUAGGGAAAAGAUGGCUCAGGAGCUCAAGUUUGGGGACAUCGUAGAGAGACACCUCAUAGAUGGAGAUGUGGUGCUGUUCAAUCGACAGCCCUCGCUGCACAAACUGAGCAUCAUGGCACAUCUGGCCAGGGUCAAGCCGCACCGGACCUUCAGAUUUAACGAGUGUGUGUGUACACCCUACAAUGCGGAUUUUGAUGGUGAUGAAAUGAACCUUCAUCUUCCUCAAACAGAAGAAGCUAAAGCAGAGGCCCUUGUUCUGAUGGGGACUAAGGCAAACCUUGUAACACCAAGGAAUGGAGAACCACUAAUUGCUGCUAUUCAGGAUUUUCUAACAGGUGCCUAUCUCCUCACUCUUAAGGACACUUUCUUUGACCGAGCCAAGGCUUGCCAAAUCAUUGCUUCAAUAUUGGUUGGCAAGGAUGAGAAAAUUAAAGUUCGCCUCCCACCCCCUACAAUACUAAAGCCGGUCACGCUGUGGACGGGAAAGCAGAUCUUCAGUGUCGUCCUCAGGCCUAGUGACGACAGUCCAGUGAGGGCCAACCUGCGAACCAAGGGCAAGCAGUACUGUGGCAGAGGAGAAGACCUGUGUGCCAAUGACUCCUAUGUUACCAUCCAGAACAGCGAGUUGAUGAGUGGCAGCAUGGACAAGGGAACACUGGGAUCAGGAUCCAAGAACAAUAUUUUUUACAUUUUGCUGCGAGACUGGGGGCAGAAUGAAGCUGCCGAUGCAAUGUCACGGCUUGCCAGGCUGGCUCCUGUUUACCUCUCCAACCGUGGAUUCUCAAUCGGGAUUGGUGAUGUCACACCUGGUCAAGGACUGCUAAAGGCCAAGUAUGAGUUGCUGAAUGCUGGCUACAAAAAAUGUGAUGAGUACAUCGAAGCCCUAAACACAGGCAAGCUGCAGCAGCAGCCUGGCUGCACUGCUGAAGAGACCCUGGAGGCCUUGAUCCUGAAGGAGCUGUCUGUGAUCCGUGAUCACGCUGGCAGUGCCUGCCUCCGGGAGCUGGAUAAGAGCAAUAGCCCCCUCACCAUGGCUCUGUGUGGCUCUAAAGGUUCCUUCAUUAACAUAUCACAGAUGAUUGCCUGUGUGGGACAGCAAGCCAUCAGUGGCUCUCGUGUGCCAGAUGGCUUUGAAAACAGGUCCUUGCCUCACUUUGAAAAGCAUUCAAAGCUCCCAGCUGCCAAAGGCUUUGUGGCUAAUAGCUUUUAUUCCGGUUUGACGCCAACUGAGUUUUUCUUCCACACAAUGGCUGGCCGGGAAGGUCUCGUUGACACGGCGGUAAAGACAGCUGAAACAGGAUACAUGCAGAGAAGGCUUGUGAAGUCCCUGGAAGAUCUUUGCUCACAGUACGAUUUGACAGUGCGAAGCUCUACGGGCGAUAUUAUCCAGUUCAUUUAUGGGGGAGAUGGCUUAGAUCCUGCAGCUAUGGAGGGAAAAGAUGAACCCUUGGAGUUUAAAAGAGUUCUGGACAACAUCAAAGCAGUCUUUCCGUGUCGGAGCGAGCCUGCACUCAGUAAAAACGAACUCAUCCUGACCACGGAAUCGAUCAUGAAGAAGAACGAGUUCCUCUGCUGCCAGGACAGCUUCCUGCAGGAAAUAAAAAAAUUCAUCAAGGGAGUUUCUGAGAAGAUUAAAAAAACCAGAGAUAAAUAUGGCAUCAACGAUAAUGGCACAACAGAGCCCCGUGUGCUGUACCAGUUGGACCGGAUCACCCCCACCCAAAUAGAAAAGUUUCUGGAGACAUGUAGGGACAAGUACAUGAGGGCACAGAUGGAGCCAGGUUCCGCGGUGGGUGCGCUCUGUGCCCAGAGCAUUGGCGAGCCAGGUACGCAGAUGACCCUAAAGACUUUCCACUUUGCGGGCGUGGCCUCCAUGAACAUCACCCUGGGUGUGCCCCGGAUCAAAGAGAUCAUCAACGCUUCCAAGGCCAUCAGCACUCCAAUCAUCACAGCGCAGCUGGACAGGGAUGACGAUGCAGAUUAUGCUCGCCUCGUGAAAGGGAGGAUUGAGAAAACCCUCUUGGGAGAGAUUUCAGAGUAUAUUGAAGAAGUGUUUCUUCCUGAUGAUUGCUUUAUCCUCGUCAAGCUCUCCCUGGAACGGAUUAGACUUCUGAGAUUGGAAGUAAACGCUGAGACAGUGCGGUACUCCAUCUGCACGUCCAAGCUCCGCGUGAAGCCUGGCGACGUGGCUGUUCACGGGGAGGCUGUGGUGUGUGUCACCCCCCGAGAGAACAGCAAGAGCUCCAUGUACUACGUGCUGCAGUUCCUGAAGGAGGACCUCCCCAAGGUGGUGGUACAGGGCAUCCCGGAAGUGUCCAGAGCUGUCAUCCACAUCGACGAGCAGAGCGGGAAGGAGAAGUACAAGCUCCUGGUGGAGGGUGAUAACCUGCGGGCAGUCAUGGCCACCCACGGUGUGAAGGGCACCCGCACUACCUCCAAUAACACGUAUGAGGUGGAGAAGACUCUGGGCAUCGAAGCUGCCCGGACAACUAUCAUCAAUGAAAUCCAGUACACGAUGGUUAACCAUGGCAUGAGCAUCGACAGGAGGCACGUGAUGCUGCUGUCUGACUUGAUGACCUACAAGGGUGAAGUCCUGGGCAUUACUAGGUUUGGCCUGGCCAAGAUGAAGGAGAGUGUGCUGAUGCUGGCCUCCUUUGAGAAGACGGCUGACCAUCUCUUUGAUGCUGCCUACUUCGGGCAGAAGGACUCCGUGUGUGGGGUGUCUGAAUGCAUCAUCAUGGGGAUCCCCAUGAACAUUGGAACUGGGCUUUUCAAGCUGCUCCACAAGGCCAACAGGGACCCAAGCCCUCCCAGGAGGCCCCUGAUCUUCGACACAAAUGAAUUCCACAUCCCCCUUGUCACAUAGCCCAGCGAAGAGGGGACCAUUCCUAACCUCAGCUCCUUGUCCUGUCUGGAAGGGGACUCGAGACCAGCAGCUGACUUUGGAGCUUUGUGCUCCCUAAGAUGGACUCUGAUGUCCCCACGAUGCCAGCAGUCAAAGAAGGCCCCAGACUCCCCUGGAGCAGCUCACCUGGUGACCCUGACCACACCACACUGCUGAGUUGGGAGAACUGAGGUUUGUUUGUUUGAAAACUAAUUAAUCUAUGGACAGCUCAGCACCUCCUGCCCACUCCACCUCCCUGGACUUAUGAUGGAGGACGAGCCAGGCCUCUGCUCAUUCUCACCUCGCUCGUCCAUCCAUUGGCUCCCAGGGGUAUCUCUCACCAUGACCAGGAGCCAUGUCUUAGCCCUAGGGCGUGUUCCCGUUUUUCUGUUCCUCAGUCAUGCUGGAAUCUCUCUAUGACAUACUCAUGUAAAUAUUAUUUAUUUGUUCAGUUUGAAGAAUUUGGUCUUUUUGAUGUUAUUUUGGUUUUACUUUUGAAAACGAAAAGCUGUAGAAACCAAGAAAGCCAGCAUUGAAGCAUCACUGAAAAAACUGGUUAAGCAAAUGGGAGCAUCUAGGAUUUGUAACUGAGCUGAAACUGUCAUGAGGCCCAAGCUGCUCUGAAACAUCUUUGACAGACACCCCUGGCAACCCCAUUGUUUUUUUCUACUUCCAAUCCCCAUGUGGAGACUCUGUCUUUUGACAAGAGUCAACCCUGUUCUUCAUGGCCUGCAGAAGCCUUGCCAGAGUUUGGGGCCUGCUGAGGUGAGGACUGUUGGUGUACAUGGAGGCCAUGAGUAAGGCUAGUCCAAGGCCCCUGUGCUGCCUGGGCAGCGUCCAUACCCCUCCUGAAGUAUCUGUAUAUGUGCCCUGCCUCCUACAGCCGAAGAGCACACACAGGGCAGGUACAGAACUGGUGGCCUGAAACGUGGUGGGAGAAAGCCCUGCUGGCUUCAGGCAGGCACCAGCUUUACAAGGUGGAAGGGCCACCCAGACAGAAAGGGAGGAGGCCCACAGUGGGAUGGAUGUCAGGUGGAGCUGGGGGUGUGCCCCAGUUGGCAACAGAUGCUCUUCAGAGUCUCUCUUCUAUGACAAUAGAAAGCACACGUCAGGCUGUGAGGAAAGAACCAGCAAGGUAUCCAGGAAGACCCGCAUUUCAUUGCCUGCUUGGGCUUCUGCCGGUGACUGCACCAUCACUGCUGGGUUUUCAAGGUUUAUGAGGGGCUUCUGUGCAACAUAGGAAAGAAAUGUACAUAGCUUGUCUUCUAGAGGGCAGAAGGGGUUUGCUCCUGGAGACACUGUUCUUUGUACUAAAUUUGCUUCUUAGGAGUGGCCCAGGGCCACGGAGAAGAAAUGGCAAUUCCUGCAGCUCCCCUCCCUCUCGAGCAUUUUCUCUGGAGUCUGUCCUUCCCCUCCCUCCCAGAGCCAAGUCCCCUUGUUCUGGCUCUUCCUUCCCCCUCAGGGGGCCUCGGAAGACCAAGCUGCUUAAGUUGGGAGUGAGAUGAUAGUGAAAAGUGGGGCUUUGGCCCUACUUUCUGGCUCCAUGCCCUUCACAUGGUCUACUUCUAAAAUGACAGACGAUUUUUCUCAUGGUGUCAAACCCCUGGAAGAAACAGCGCAGACCGAAGAGAUGUGAGUUUACUGUUGAGCAAGAAGACUGUUUGGAUGAGUAAGGAGAUGGAUGUGGUAAAAGAAAAAGUAGAGGAGGCUCAAAGAAUUCAAAUAGCGUUUUCUAUUAUGCUUAUGUUCUGUGGACAUUCCCUAGUUGACUUCCCAAGUUCUAAGUUAAUGCUGUGGUUCUACUCAGUACUGUACUCUAAGGUCCUGAGCAGAACCAUUGGUUCUUGGGUGUGUUAGAGUGAGUGCUUUCUCUCCCAGACUGAUGCGAUUCUGAUGUAGGAAUUCUUGACCUGAGUUAUUUUUAGCUGAGGCUCAGGUUUAAAAUGCUGUUAAAAUUUGUGUUUUGGCCCUGUAGUCUCCCUUCACCCAUGAGGUUGACCUACAGACUUCUCCUAGGGUAUCAGUGAUGUGAAUAAAUGCCAUUUUUCUUUGUA